AUGGAAUUUUUGCCCAAUAUUACCCUAAACUUGUCAGACGAUGCUGUGGGAAAGAUUUGCUUCAACAUGAACGCAGCUUACUUCAAAAUUGGCGACUUCCUGAACUGGUAUAUCGCAAAUUGUGUCGUGGGAACUCUCUUGGCAAUCGCUUCCACCUUGGAGAACUUUUGCAUCCUACUAACCAUUUGGAAAACAUCUAUUCUAAAUACGCCUUCGUAUGUUAUACUUUUUAGCCUAGCGCUUUCAGACCUUGGGGUCGGUUUAUUAAGCCAGCCACUGGCUGUCAUCAACUCUGUAGCCAAAAUACAAGGACGUAUCGGCAUGGCUUGUGUUUCUGGAGCUGCUGUUGCUGCCUUGUCCACUUAUUUAUGCGGUGUUUCUUUGUUAUGUGUCACUGCAGUGUCUAUCGACCGAUAUCUGUCACUUUAUCUUCACCUAAGAUAUAAACAGUUAGUGACAAAAGUCCGCGUCCUUCUUCUUGUCGUUCUUAUAUGGCUGCUCGCAGCACUUGCUCUUAUUGCAUGGCCGUGGUAUCCUUUCAUUAUAACCCCCAUUGCGAUAGCUGUUGGUUCACUCUGUAUCCUCACCACAUCCGGCUGCUUUUUUCGAAUCUAUCUUGUCUUGCGGUAUCACUGCUCGAAAAUGCAUCAUAAUAUCCGACCUUCGAUUGAACAGACCACGUCAAACACACAAGAUUCGGCGGUGCACUUUAGGAGGUCAGUAACAGGAAUAUUCUUGGUUUAUAUCAUCCUUCUCUUCUGUUAUCUACCGUACCUGUGCAUAGUUUCUGUGAUUGCAGUGCAAGGCACAAACACAACUAACCGGCUUUUGUUUGAAUUAGCAAGAACCCUAGUCUAUGCCAAUUCUACCAUCAAUCCCUUUAUAUACUGUUGGCGCCUCCAGGACUUGAGAAGAGCCAUCAGAUUACGUUUUCCUUGCGUUUAA